CAGAAGCGAUGAAAGUGUAGUUUUCUAAUUUUGACUUAUAAUCUUAAUGAAGAUCAGAUGACAAAGUGUAGUUUCUACGACCUUUUUAUAUUGCUAUGCUUGUCUCUUGCAAUAUUCUGUUGUUUGAAUGUGUACUUCAUCAGCCACCUGCAAUCAACAACGCUGCGUCGUGACGGUAAUGAAUCAGUGCACCAUACCAAUAGUGCUGAUACCGCCCGCAAAACACAUCCCUCUCUAGAGACCAAUGCUCGCUUAGUACACAAAGCAAUUAUGCACAAAGCCACUAGUUUAAAGCCAGAUUUCAGAAAUAAAAAUCCGAAACAUGCUUCAAUAAAGCAAAAGCUGGUCGGCUGCUUUCGACCGAAGUCUUACAAUAGCAGCAAUAUUUGGAAGAUGGUAAACUCUUGGGCAAAGGCGAAUGAGGUGUUCCCUUCACUCGACAACCGGCUCGGUAGCGUGUUAGAAGGUCUUCGCACUGAACCAAUCAUCAGCAUAAAAAGUUCCCGGCGAGGAACUCAACUAAAGCUGGUUUUGGAGUUGCCCGGAUCGCAGUAUGUCUUGUUUAAACCCAAUUGGUAUCGACGGGAAGAAAUUAUCAAUGGUACAGUUUACUCCGGCAAAGAUCGACAUAAUUCUGAAAUCGUUAGUUUCCAUCUUGCUGCUAUCUUGAAUCUUCGGUUCACUCCGAUAGUCGUAGGGCGUCGUAUUUCUCUACGAGACCAUGUAGAGCAAGCAGAUGAUGAACUGCGUCGAACGAUGCCAGUGAUCGAAAACCGCCAAUGCGUAUUCGGUACGUGCCAUUACUGUAAAAGAAGCGAACCAGUGUGCGAUGACGCAGAAACAGGUAGGCUUGAGGGUGCAGUACUGCACACGAUUCCGGGCAAGCUUGUAAAAUAUCGGUCUCCAUGGCAACGUACCUACAACAGCGAGGUGAUGGCUGAAUGGGAAAAAAACGACAACUACUGCUCGUUGGUGAAACAAAAACUGACGCUCAACGUGCUACUCGACCUGAUGGAUGCGUCGAUAUUCGAUUUUCUUAUACAGAAUGGUGAUCGGCAUCACUAUGAAACACGCGAGGAUCGCCUGUUGCUGCUGGACAAUGGAAAAGGCUUCGGAAAUCCGUUCAUAGAUCAUAUGGACAUUCUUGCCCCAUUGUAUCAAUGCUGCGUGCUUCGGCGUUCAACAUGGAACCGUUUAACAUUGUUUUCCGGUGGAGCCCUAACGGAAUCCCUGCGUACUAUAGAUGAAUUAGAUGCUGUCCAUCCUCUGCUAACCGAAGAACACUAUCAUGCGCUCGAACGACGCCUUCUAUACGUAUAUAGUACCGUUGAAUUGUGCAAGCAAAAAUAUGGUAAAAAAAUGUUCAAAUGAAUCGUUUACAUUUCAAUGCUUUUGCCAAC